CAUCAACACCUGAAUAUUGGUACAAGAUACUUUUCAAGGGAGUGGGCGAAGGAUCUGAUUUUUUAAUACGGUUCUUUGAUUUUCUGAUUUCAUUUCAUAUAAUCACUCAUUCUAUUUUUUCCUUUGCUCUGUUGUGUUGAUAUUUAUUCUUUGCUUCCUUGCAUAGUGAUUAUGUCUGUAAGAGGUCAGUAUUUUCCCACAUAACAAGUCAAUUUCUCUCAAGCUUACCUAUUUUCAAACAAGUUGUUGCAAGGAUACGUCCUCUUCUUCCAAAGGAGUUAGACAAAGAUAUCAUCGUGCGCGCCGAGAGCAGUCAGGACAGCAAAACUUUCAAUGUAGUCCGGAUACCGAGCCCCAAAAAUGAAUCAGAGGAGUUCAGUUUUACCUUCAAUGGCGUCUACGAUAUGGGAACUUCACAGGAGGAGCUGUUUACAAAUGAGGUUGCCCCUACGCUAAAAUCAUUGUUCCAAGGACUUGAUGUUACACUGUUUGCAUAUGGAGUUACUGGGACGGGGAAAACACAUACAAUGCGCGGUGGAACGAAGUUGGCAGACCGUGGAAUUAUUCCUCGAUUAUUGAGUGGAAUCUAUCGUCGUGGUCGUAAAGUUGCUAAGGAUUCUGGCGAAGAAACCUCUGUCACUGUUACAUUGUCUUAUUACGAAAUAUACAACGAUAAAGUUUUCGACUUAUUCGAAUCUCCUGAUAAACGAUCUCUUGCGGGACUGCCUCUUCGAGAAAAGGACGGGAAAACAAUAGUAGUUGGGCUGUCGGAAAGGUCCUGCAAUGACCUGAAGGAUUUCGAAAAGUUAUACAUAGAAGCCAACAACAAUCGGAGCACAGCAGGAACCAAACUCAAUGCGCAAAGUAGUCGAAGCCAUGCCAUAUUGAUGGUCAAGGUAACACAAACCACUGGUGAUGCGUCUUUAAUCAGUACCGCAUCCGCAAUUGAUUUAGCGGGAUCAGAGGACAACCGGAGAACAGACAAUGGCAAGGAGAGAUUGAUUGAAUCUGCAAGCAUCAACAAAAGUUUGUUCGUGCUCAGUCAGUGUAUUGAUGCCAUUGGUAGAGGUGACAAGAGAAUUCCAUAUCGAGAAUCUAAAAUGACACGAAUCCUCAGUUUGGGCCAAAACAAUGGUAUCACUAUAAUGAUCUUGAACCUUGCACCCUUACGAUCUUACCAUUUAGAUACUUUGUCUUCUCUGAAUGUAAGUUCAAGAGCAAAAAGAAUAGAGGUUAGGGAAAUUGAGAAUGAAGUCGUAUUCACUCAACCACCCAGAAAAGUAGCUGGAACUAGUAUGCAACGACAGCCAUUGAGACCUAUUACGAAUUCACAUAAUGCUGUAGCCAACCCAGCACAAAAGGCCGAUAAGCCCGCAAAAGCUUUCUCUGUGUACACAGAUAAAAGUAAAGCAACUACAGCGCGGCCAUUGAACAACAGUCAAACACUCCGAAAAUCGAACUCGAAUAGGAAAAGGCCAUCUGAUGGAGUUAUCGGUUCACGAGUUACCAAAGCCACAAGGCCUACACCUUUUGGGUAUAAGUCGGCCACAGCUGAUAUCUCUGCGGCUAAGAUUGAGGAAAUGGUUGAGCGUAAAGUCUCGGAAAUCCUCGCUAACCGUGCCUUGGAACGGACAUCGAAUUCACCUAUUGAGAUUAGUGAAGCUGUUCAGAAAAGGCUUGAGGCAUUAGAAAAGAAAGUUGAUGAAAACUCGGCGGAAGACGCGAGAUCAGAAGGCCUCAGGUUUCUGCUCAUGGCGAGACAACACAAAGAGCGCGGUGAAGAAAGUAGUGCUCUGAAGAUGUAUGAGUAAGUUAUUACCCAGCCUAUCAGCAAGCCUCAAGUAACUUGAACUAAUUUUCUCUAGAAUGGCACUUCCUUUCUUCCCUAAGCAAGAGAAAUUGCUGAAUAAGAUUGAGCAUCUCAAAGCCAAAAUCCAAGCAAAGAAUGCUGGUGUAGCAGUCAAACACUCCGAGCCUAUAGAAACAGAAAGGCGAAAACCUACUGCUUCCUUCUUACAGCUGCCAACGCCUGCCAGCUCGUUUCAACAAGAGGAAGAGGAAGAGGAAGUACGACCUGUGUCACGAAAGGGCUCAAAGCUAGAUAUAGAGUAUGAUGCGUCCUUCGUACACCAAGAGGAUCAUUACGAAGUUGAGGAUAGCUUUUCAUGUCAAGCCGCCAAGUCAAAAAAGUCGAAGUCCAAAUCGACAACCAAAUUACGUGUGUUCAACGAUGAAGCAUCUAUUGGUCCGCUGGAUCCACCAACGCCUCGAACAAGGCAUCUAUUAGAUAUUGUCAACUCUAGAGAUGUUGGAAUGAUCAGAAGCCUGUGUGGUGUAGGUCCUAAGAAGGCUAGAGACGUGGUUGAGUUUCUAGAGCUACAGAGUGAGGACGAUGGUGGUCAGAUUAAGACAUUACAGCAGCUCAGAGCAAUCCCGGGACUAGGUAGCAAAACUGUAGAACGAGCGUAUGACGGAAUCCCGUUAUUAGUUUGAACUUGGAGUCGAUUUACAUUUUAAGAUUGGAAUGUCCUCGCAUGAAUUGCCUUUUGGGAGCGGCAUUGCUGGGAGUUUGAUUGGAUAGGUUAUGAGAAUUAGCGGGCAUUGUUGAAUUGGGGUAUUGUCUAUUGGUUAUUUAAUGAUAAGGGUUAUUAAACAUGACAUUUUACUGGGAACUCUC